AUGCUUGCUGCUGACUGUAUUUCUGAUAUUGUGAUUGUUUCAUUUUUUCCCCUUCCCAUCUGGCGGGAGGGCACACUCCAUUUUCGAGGAGAGAAUGGCAAGCGUUCAUUUGCAGGAAUCUCUUUGGGAACAUGGAAAGGCAGAGGACCUGCUGAACCGAACAAGAUGUUUGAAGAGGCAGAGGACAAAGUCGUGUUCCUACACACCCUUUCUGUACAUUACCUGGAGUACGAUAUUGAUGUGUCAAGGCUGUAG